GAAAAAAAAGUCCCAAUUGUCUAAACCUUAAACCCGCCCUCCGACGCAGAUUCGCGCAUCGCCAACCUCUUCCGAUCAGCACCGGUUCGUCGUCCACUUUCUGCUCUAUUAAAUAUACCAGCCAACCUACCACUUUCUACAAAUCAUCUACAGAUCUUCUGAUUACAUGGGAAACCUGAUGUCUGCAAGCUUUGCCCCCGAGUGUAACGAAGUCAAGACGAAGUACGACAACUGCUUUAACGAGUGGUAUAGUGAAAAGUUCUUGAAGGGGAAAGGAGCUAUCAACCCAUGCGAAGAACUUUACGAAGACUACAAAGCCUGCCUCGGUACAGCUCUGACCGCGCGGGGAAUCAAAAACAUGCUCGACAAGGCCCGCGAAGAUGCCCCGUUCGAAGUCGGUGGCCGGACGCAGGAAGAACUGAAUGAGGAGUUCAACAAGCCUGAAAAGAAGUGAUUGCCUCUCAAAUCUUUCUUCUUUUGUAAAUACUAUCUAUACUGUAAUAUAUCAAACUAAUCUACAACUCUUCUU